CACUAUUUUAUUUUCGUACCUCUUAUCUCGCUAGUUCUUGUACUCAUUAUUCAUUUACUUGAAAGAACAAGAACUCUCCUGCUAUAAAUAAAAACGUACAACAUCCUCUAAUCUAAGCAAAAGCAUUAUUCUAUACUAAAAAAUGGCUAAGUCCCUACACUAUCUCAUUCUUCUGUCUCUCCUGGCCAUAGUUCCUUCAUGUUUCUGUGAAAAAAGCCAAGGGGGUUAUCUCUACCCACAAUUCUAUGAUCACUCAUGUCCCAAAGUCGAAGACAUUGUUUGGUCUGUAGUGGCAAAGGCGGUCGCUAAAGAACCUAGGAUGGCAGCCUCUUUGCUUAGGCUCCAUUUCCAUGAUUGUUUUGUCAAGGGUUGUGAUGGUGGUGUGCUGCUGGACAGCAGUGGUAGCAUAAUAAGCGAGAAGAGGUCGAACCCAAACCGUAACUCAGCUCGAGGGUUCGAGGUCAUUGAUGAGAUCAAGGCAGCUGUGGAGAAAGCAUGCCCUGAGACUGUGUCCUGUGCUGAUAUCUUGGCUAUAACAGCCAGAGACGCUACUCUUCUUGCUGGAGGACCAAACUGGGAAGUACCACUAGGAAGAAGGGAUUCUCUAGAUGCUAGCUUAAGUGGUUCAAACUACAACAUUCCAGCUCCUAACAACACCUUUCAAACCAUUCUUACCAAGUUCAAGCUUAAGGGACUCGAUCUAGUCGACCUUGUCGCGCUCUCAGGGAGUCACACAAUUGGGGAUGCAAGGUGUACUAGCUUCAGGCAAAGGCUAUACAACCAGAGUGGAAAUGGGCAACCUGACAACACUUUGAACCAAGCAUAUGCAGCCGAGUUGCGCACCCGUUGCCCACAGUCUGGUGGUGAUCAGAACUUGUUUAAAUUAGACUAUGUAACCCCUUUCAAGUUUGACAACAGCUACUACAAGAACUUACUGGCUUACAAGGGCCUACUCAGUUCUGAUCAAAUUCUUCUUACCAAAAACCAAGAUUCUAUGAAACUAGUGAAGCAAUAUGCUGAGAACAAUGAGCUUUUCUUCCAGCAUUUUGCUCAGUCCAUGGUUAAGAUGGGAAACAUUGCUCCAUUGACUGGUUCAAGGGGUGAAAUCAGAAGAAUCUGCAGAAGAGUCAAUCACUAAAGUUUGGCAUAAUUCAUGUAUGUGUGUGAAUUCCAGUAUUUUUUUGGGAGGAAGGGGAGCUAUUAAAGUAUUUAUCUUAUGUUAUUUUUUAAGGUUGAAAUCAUUGGGAAAAUGUGAAAAGUGUUUGUGAUAGCAGUAUGCAUGUUAUUUUGUGCCUAGUGAGAGUUAUUUGUGCCCUCAUUGUUUGGCAGAAACUUUUGUAUCUUCUUUUGCAAUUAAAUUAAAUUGUUCUGAGGGUAAUUUUGUGGCA